GAGAUUUCACUCUACGUGAAAACCCCUUCUUGAUCGUCGUCGUGUCAGGAACAGUUCACCAAUAUCACCGCAAGGAAAACUUUCAAUCAAACGACGAGACAACCAGCCCUCAGCUGAUUAUAAAACAACCAACGAAUUAACUUUGUAUGCCACUGUAGAAAGAAUCAGGAAGAGAUGAGGAAAGUUAAGGACAAAUAGAAAAGUAAGAGAGACUGAAGAAAGGAGCAAAAACUUUAGGACGCUAGAAAAGGACAAGAAGAGGCGAAACAAAAUAGGAGAAGGAGAGCUGGUGAGAGCUAGGAAGAGUUAAGUAGAAUCAGGAUAGGGUAGAGAUACUGAGGAAGGGUUAAAAUGGCUCAAGAUACCAAAAAGAGUAGAAAUGAAUGGUGAAAAGUGUCAGGAGCCAAGGAAAGGUAAGGGGAACCAAGGAAAGGCAAAAAAUCAGAAAAGGAUAAGACUAAUUAAAAAAAGACGAAAAGGUGGCACAAAGAGGUAGGGUGAGUAGAAAGAAACGGAAUUGCAUGACUACAUCGACAUCCUGGACCAGUCGCUAAGAUGAUCAAAAGCCACAGACUGUGCCGGAUUAUCCUAGGUCAGUACGCUUGCUCCUGGUCAUCCCGCGCUCCACAGUGUUCUGUACGUUUAAUAAGUCUCAUUCCAGGCUACGCGCACCAAGAGAAUAAUUAUGGGCUUGCGCAGAUCGUUCACCGGGGGUGGGGGUAGGUGGCUAAGGAGAAAUAAAGCCUCGAGCCCAGGCGGUGAAUGCGGCCACGGAUUGCGAAAUUUCCCCGGCCCGUUUCGUCCUCCCGGUUAAUCGUAGGACCUCCAUCCGAGUCAACCUGCUCUCUUGUCCUUCCUGUUUACGGACGUUGGAAUAUUGGCAGCUGCUCGCGACGUUUUCCUGGAUGCUGAGGCAUGCGCCCUAAAAACUCUGGAAUUGAUGUAUUGCAGAGCGCAGAUCUGCAUUUAUUACCUGCUGUGGACAGCGACGCUUACCUUAGAACAGGAAACCAGUACCGCGAAACAUUGGGGCUGCCCUGCAGAAUGCAUUUGCCUAUCUCCGAAGCAGGUUCUCUGCAAUACAGGUGGGUUAAAAGACAUUCCUACCCAGCAGCUGCCACAAACAGUGGAGGAGCUCUCCCUGACAAAGAACAACUUCCCGGUAAUAAAAGGCGACGCAUUCGCCGGCUUGAGAGUGCUGCGAAAGCUGACGAUGGAUGGUAACAACAUCUCAACCAUACGUCCAUUCGCAUUUCGAGGUUUGAGCAAGUUACGUGAACUCUCCAUUCAACAUACACCUCUACCAUUCAUCGAGAAAUUCUCUUUCGCCGCUCUACAAAACGUAUCAUUAUUAUUAUUGGCGAACAACAAGAUACGAUACAUCGAAGGCUACUCAUUCGCCGGGACCUCCAAUGUCCGUUUAAUUCUAUUGAGCAAUAACCCGUUGCUCAGAAUUCAAAGCCACGCGUUUUCAGGCUUGACGAACGUGGUUCGCCUGAUAUUCCCAUCAGGAAUAAGAACCAUCGAGCCGGACGCAUUCGAUGGCCUCCAGUAUAUUGGUCUCCUAAAGUUGACCUACAUGGACCUGUCUUCCCUUCAAUCUUACACAUUCCGUGGCUUGUCCUAUGUACAAUCGUUGAACAUUCAAGAAAGCGAUUUGGGCAUCGUCGAGAAGGAUGCUUUCACUGGGCUCACCCACGUUGAUCGACUGAAUAUCGUAAAUAACAAGAUCGAUCUGAUCGAGAAAUUGUUUCUACGGUACGAGAACAAUAUAGAUAUGUUAAGAUUUCAUGGGAAUCACGUAUUGGAGGCGCCUCGACAUGUCAAAGACAUCAACCUGGAAGUGAAUUCUAUCAGCGCCAUUGAUAACCACUUUCCCUGCGACUGUCAGGCUCACAAUGUAUUGGACAGCGAUUUUGUCAAUGGCACUGUUAGCGAAUUUCAAAAGAGAAAUUAUUGUAUCUCGCCAAUCGAAUACAACGGGAAACACAUGGACCUAGUAGACUUCGGACUAGUCGCCAGAUGCUACGACAACGUCGUGCAGGACAACUUGGGCUCCGGCGUCGUUGGGAUCUUCACGCUGCCAACCACUCUGUUCCUCAUUCUUCUGUUCCCCAUGAAUUUAUUCCAGUGAACCCAGGUCUGCUUCAUAAGGGUUAGACAAGAGAAUUUUCGAAAGUAACGUAUACCAAACUUUUCCUAUAAUUCUUUCUCAUUUAAAUAUUUAUGUAUUUAUACACAUAAUAGAUCGUUUCAUAUAAUACAGAUAACCUACAAACUGAUACAUUUUUUUGAUCUUAUUUCACAUAAAACAUCGAGAUAGAUCUACACCAGUUCCAGAUCCGAUAGAGGUUUAAAUAUCAUUGCGGCUCCAUUUCGUGAAGUCACUAUCAAGGAACUUUUUCUAUCGUUCGAUUAUUAUAACUCGUACAAUCUUAAGCAUGCGACUAUGAGCUUUAACUGGCCCAUGUAACUGGGCUGGCGAAACCGCAUCCAUUUGGAUUUAUUCCGUAAACUAAAGGUGAUUCCGAGUAAGUGACUUGUUCACGUUUAUCACGUCAUAUUAUGUUAACCCUUUGUUUUAUAUAAGCUUUCUUUCAAUUAUUUUUAACCCAUUCGAGGCCAAAAUCUUAUUAAAAGAGAAUUUCCAAGAACUAGCAGGACCAGCUUUUGAAGUUUCUACUAAAUUCCUUUUUAUCCCAGAAUUUAAACCAAUAUCUAUUUCAAUGCUUACACAAUUUUCCCACCAUCUGAUUUUUGUAGAAAACUAUUUUACUAGCAUCUUCUUGAGACUGGUAUCAAGACGCACAAGAUGCGUCCGCCUCGAAUGUGUUAAUUAUUUAAGAAAUUUGAUUGAAUGCCUUAAUAUGAAUAAUAUGUACUGCCACGACUUUUUAAUGUACCUUUGAAUGUAUGAAGCAAAGAGUUAACAACCAGAGUUGAAUAGAUAAUUUACGUCGAUGAUAAUGAAAGUACAUAGGGAGUAAGGAUAUAAUAAGGUGAACUUAUGUAAGAAACCUUUGGUGAAAGAGUCAAGUUUUUCCGUAACCCAAGGGAAAUAAAUAGCGCUACUCGUGUUUUGUCUUAGAAAAAGUUAACUCUCAGUGGAAUUCUCAAAAUAUUUUACAUUUACCAGUAUUUUUUAUCAUUUAUUGAAUACCACAUUUAUUAUUAUUGAAUUUGGGAAAUUAGUUGAAAAUAUCUCGAUUCUCUGAGAGUUAACCAAUCAUGUGAAUUCUACAUGUGCGUAGUCUUCCUUAGGUAAAGAAACCGCUCUAAUAAAAAAUUCGAUUUUGUUAUGUAUAUUUGAAAAGAGUAAUAUGAAGUUCUUCAGGAUAGUUUAUCUUCAGAUUUUUAUUUAUUUUUAAUAAAAAAUAAGAUAUA